AAUAUUGUGGAUUGAGUUGUAUCAAUGAUAAAUAUAUGCGUAGUCUUUGGUCAAAGACCUUGUUUUUCAUCGUGUUAGUAGAAAUUUGUCGCAGAUUGCUCAUAACUAUACACGUGUUUGAGGUGUGUUGCCUAUAAGUAUCGCAGUGAUAGUCGCUUGAAUUCGGAGCAGUUGGAAAAUAGAUUAAUAUCCUGAAAAACGAUGGAAAUUAUCCAUUCGUGCAGCGAAGUGAUUUGCUUUGUUUUGUAACACUAGUAUAGCAUGUAAUCUGCAUUCAAACAGUGAUAGAACUGUCAGGGCAGAGAAAAGAGGAGUGAAAAGUUUCGAUUCAGCAUUCGCUUCAAGGUAAAUGAGUAUUUCGUAAUUUCUGUUUCGUAUUUUACGCACGACGACGUUCAGAGCUGGGAUGAAUUAGAGAACUCCUUCGAAGGUAAAACAAUUUGACACAAUUAGGAAGUGUGCACUGUGGGUUGCGCUUACGUAGUGCUCGACCUAGGAAAGGAAAAGUCUUUCUAGUUAUGAAUACACACAAACACGUUGAUAUAAUACGAACAUGGGAGCAUUAUUUACGGAAAACAUUAAAGACUAGUUUGGGAUGCGAAGCGUAAAAGCUCAAGCUGAAGAGUGAUCUUGUACUUGAGGGGGGGAAUAUUUGGUUUCCGUUUCCGCAGUCCGUUGCUGCUGAAGUUAGCGGUAACUUGGAUUGUUUCGUUACUACUUUGAGUAUCUUUGAAACAAAUACAAAGAGUUUUUGGAGCGAGUUUGUGGGAGGUUGUUGUAAAAGGAUAGAGGUAGCGCGCCAUGCUAUGUCCCCCUUCGCACGCAUUGUUACGAGCGCUUGCGCGGCAGACGUACGGUGGAUAUAAUUUCCAAGAUCGAAUGCUUGAAUCAGUGUGUUACUUCGAUGCUAGUGAAAAAUUUAAUUUGAAGCUGUGAAAAUGCAGUUUGGUGAUUAGUUUUCGUCGUUAUCCUUUGGAAUAUAACAUUUCGCCUCUCUUUAGAGAUGGCUUCCUCCGAUCUAGUCAGUCCAAAUGGCAACCCUUCUGAAGUCAAUUCCAUACUUUUAAACAAUGUUGAACCAAAGGUGACCAUUACUACUACAACAGUUAGUCAAACACCAGUGAUGCAGAAUGUCACUGGUCACCAUAUGUUGCCUGUUGUGUACAUACAGACCCCUUCGAAAAUAACCACGAACAAGUCGAACAGCAACAAUGUUAUAAUGAAUGCUCUACCGCAGAUACAGAUACAGAAUGCAUCAAAGUUGGCCCCUCAAAGUCUGUUGAUUGGUAAUCAGCUUUUGCAGAAGCCUGCAAUACAGAAAAAUGGAGUAACAUAUCUGCUGAAGCCAGUGAGUAAGCCAAACGAGACCACCAGUCUCAUACCACCACAAAUACCUAUACCUUCAAUAUCAAAGUUUGCAACAAAGGAUGGUCUGCAGCUGAACAGUGUCACCAUGGGCCAAAAGUUUCUUCUCAGUCCCUUGUCAAGUAUGAGCAACAAUCGUUUAUCCACAACCACCACCAACUCUGUCCAAUCUCAAAUCUCUUUGAUGCUCCCUACACUGCAGCCAAAACCUAACCACGUAAUCAACUUGAAAUUACCUGAAGAUAAAACGAUUCUGGACGUCGCUAAAAAUAGUAAAGAACAGACAGACCCUCUAUUUUGCAACGAGAGAAUCGAUGAAGAGGCGAAGAACGUCGAGGCUCAGGAUAAAUCGUAUCAAAUAUCUAUAGUCGAGGAUUCAGUCGCGGACAACGGAUACACGAUAUCAAUAAACGAAGACGAGAAGUUACCGAAAUUGAUAAAGCACGGCGUUUCCAUACUGAAAAAAACGUACAAUACUCACGUGGACCGAAAAGAGAAUAAUCCAAUCCCAACUGCCAUUAUAAAAUCAAUUACUACCAUUUCAGAUCCGGGCACGAAAGAGGUGAAGAUUCAGUCUGAGCAUCACGACGAAGGGAUUGCACCUCCGCCGCCGCCUCCUCUCGUCCGGAAAAGCGAACGUCGAAGAAAGUCGACAAUUUGCCUCCGGAAGGACUACGACGAUAUUCAAGAGGAGACGGAGGAGGAGCCUGAAAAGAUGAUUGUUAAAGAUGAUGUGGAGAUAUCGAAAUUGGAGGACGUGCUGUGCGAAGAUGAGGAUGUGUCUAAGCUGCUGCACUGGGAUCGCGGCGUCGGCUCUCUACCGUCGACGAACAUUAAGUUCCACAUCAACGAAUUCGGAAUGCUGGAAUAUUUGACGGACGAGGAGUUCAAGAAGAUGAACUUGAAAAGGAUAAAGCCUAAGGUAGCGCAACAAGUCGAGAUGAGGUGCCUGAUAUGUGGCUGUUACGGCAUGCCUUCGGAUUUUAUCAGUCCGAAGUACUGCAGCAACGACUGUCAGGAAGCAGGUGAACGCGAGGAUGUCCAACCGCCUGUGAAGCACAGGAAGAAAAAGCAGUAUUUCAGAAAAAGCGAUGAAUUCGUCAAGAUGGAAUCGUCGGAGGACGAGAAUUUAAUAAACACAUCCAACGAGAACUCGUCGGAUAAAUUCGCCUAUCCAUGGACUUGUCACAAGAAGGGAUUCUCUUGGUCCAAAUACUUGGACCAUCUAAAAGCUGUGGCGGCUCCAGUAAAACUAUUCAAAGAUCCAUUUCCUUACGGUCGUAAUGGUUUCAAGGCGGGAAUGAAGUUGGAGGGAAUUGAUCCACAACAUCCUUCCUAUUUCUGCGUACUCACAGUCGUGGAAACUCUUGGAUACAGAAUACGUUUGCAUUUCGAUGGUUACCCAGACAAUUACGAUUUUUGGGUGAACGCAGACAGUAUGAACAUAUUUCCAGCUGGGUUUUGUGAAAAAUUUGGUCAUACCCUGCAUCCCCCGCCCGAUCACAAGAAGGAUUUCAAUUGGAACAAUUACCUGAAGCAAACGCAUUCAACGGCUGCAGCUAAAACGCUAUUUUUCAAUCGGAAUACGAACGCAAUAUUUCCUAACGGAUUUCGGAUAGGCAUGAAACUGGAAGCGGUCGAUCGAAAGAACACAGCUCUUGUUUGCGUCGCUACAAUAACCGAUAUGAUGGAUAAUAGGAUUCUUGUGCAUUUCGAUAGUUGGGACGAUAUUUACGAUUAUUGGGCGGAUCCCACUUCACCUUACAUUCAUCCAGUUGGCUGGUGUGAUAAGCAUGGUCAUAAUCUCACUCCUCCCAACGAUUAUCCUGAUCCAGAAUCGUUUACAUGGGACAAAUACCUGAAAGAGACGAAAGCAUCGGCAGCUCCGGUUCGUGCCUUCAAGCAACGACCCAACAACGGAUUCCGAAGAGGCAUGCGACUAGAAUGCGUGGACAAGCGAGUACCGAGGAUAAUCCGUGUGGCCACCGUCGAAGAGCUCCGCGAAAACCAGCUGAGGAUCCGUUUCGAUGGAUGGCCCGAUCGAUAUUCGUAUUGGGUGGACGACGAUUCCACCGACAUCCAUCCGAUCAGUUGGUGCCAAAAAACUGGACAUCAUUUGGAACCACCCCUGACUCCAAAUGAUGUGUACGACUUUUUGGAAUGCGCAACGAUAGGUUGCAAAGGACAAGGUCAUAUCCAAGGACCUAUACAUUCUACUCACAGUUCACCAAAAUUCUGCCCUUAUGCCGACGAAAAUAUAGACAUGGAGAAGAUAUUACCUGAUAGGCUGCUAAGUCCGGAUAGACAGGUCGAGGCUGUUGUUCCAGUUAGUCGAGAACCCAGAGAUAAAAUUUCUAAAAUGAAGAAUAUAAUUGCAACGAAAAUGGCGUUCGAGGAGCCGAAGCGAGAAUGGAGCGAUGACGAACAGGACAUGGAAUUCGAUAUGGGAAGGGCGAAAAGGAUAAAGGAGGAGUUGGAGGACAGUGUGCGUUCGGAUGAGCCUAAGAACAAUACCGUUUUGGAUUUUGCUGAUGUGAAUUUGGACGAACAAAGAAUGCGUGCGAGGCAUUCGAAAUAUUUAGAUAGAUAUGUGCAUGUGGAAAGUGAUCCUCGCCAUUGGAACUGUCAGGAGGUGAUGAACUUUAUUGCAUCCGUGCCUUGUUGUAGAGAUUACGCCUCGCAUUUCGGAUCGAAUCGCAUCGAUGGAUUAUCUUUCCUGAUGCUCAAUCAACAAGAUUUGACCGAAGUGCUGAGGUUUAAACUAGGACCAGCCAUCACCCUGUAUAAUUGUAUAUUGAUGCUGAGGCAAACCGUCAUUCAGUGUACAUAAUAUUUACCUAUAGUAUUAUUUUUAGUUAGUUUGUUUUAGAUUCGUUAUUGUACAUACAUUUCCUCCACACAUUUUUCACAUAUGUAAUUAUCUCUUGUGUUCAUUUACAUAUAAAGAAAACAAAUUGUGAUUUAUAUAUUGUAAAAUAAUCCAAAUAUAUAAGAA